AAAAGACUUUCAUAACCACCCAAUACCAGUUUUAACUGUGUGCAUAGUCCAACAACAAAACCCCACACUGUCAUAUGUUAUUUUAUUUACCUGUGUUGUAAAUGAACAAAGUAUCAGUAAACGAUUGCAUAUCGUCCUGGGCCAAGCAAAAAGAAACGCAAGUCGUUUAUUUCUGCUUGAAAUACAGUUAGCUGCAGUCUGUCAUGGAUUCUGGCAACUCAUACAAACUCACAGACGGCGGCAAGUCACAAUGGCGGUACAAGCAACAUCUGUGCAGCCUGUUUUGCGGGAUGCUCGUCUUUGCCGUUGGCAUCGCAAUUGGAGUCAUCAUCGGCUACUUCAUUCCUGGACCCAACGCCAACUGUCCACAGAACGUCCCACAACCACUUUCAGAACCACAGGGGAACAAGCCUGAACUGACGACCACCCCGGAACCAAAACCGUCUCCGGGCACCAAGGCAACCUUCUGUCCCAACGAUCAGUCGGAAAUAAAGAAAGCUAUAUCCGGCGAUAGGGGGAUUUUCGAAGUGCUCACAACGAAUGAAAUGAGUAGAGUCCGGAACGUUCUGGUACAGAAGGGAAUCGUCACCAUCCCCAGGGGUCGCCCGACUCUCACCGACGGAUACAUCUAUGGCAUGAGUCUGUAUCUCCCAUCAAAGAAGCCAGCUCUGGAACACCUGGAUAGUGGAGGACCGUCGCCGGGCCGAUAUGCAGAAGUGCACGUACAUCGCGGUAACCUCGACAAACCAGAUGUCAUGGAGUACAAAGUGGGACCUGUGGACAGCAGCAGCAUGACCGUACAUCAACUGUUGAAGGACGGCGAGGUGCACUACAACGCAAGACCAAGAGACAGUGUAGAAUACAACCACAUCAUAGACAAGCUGAAAGUUGAACUGAUGCCGCUGAGGAAACUGAUGAUGGAAAGUUUUGAUGGAGCUUAUUUUAGCGAUGGAGGUUUGACGGUUCACAUACAGUCCCCGCCAGGUUUGACCCCGGAGGUUCGAGAAAGCAGGUUCUUGUUGCAAAUUAAGAUUGAUGAAACGAGCAGAGGUCAGGAUCUACAUCCGUUGCCACUGACGGGAACGCUUCACAAUGCAGAACUGAAUGUCAGCAAGUGGUAUACCCAUAGUUUCUACUACCUCAACCAAGGACCGUUCGCGACUGCCCAGGAGCUUUUGCAAUCCUACAACAAUGGUACCAUUAGGAAGUUUGCAUUUCCAAAAGGCUAUCGAAAGACCCUCUUUCAGAAAACAUUUCCCAAACCCAAUUCUGAUAAGCCAAGGCGGUUCUCGACAACGAAAGCUCCCCCACGAACCUACAACCCAGACGGACCCCGAUUCACGGUCAACGGACACGACGUGGAGUGGAUGGGCUACUCCAUGACCUUCGGGGGAAGUCAGUUCAGGGGCCCCAGUGUUCACAAUGUGAAAUUCAAAGGGGAAAGAAUCGUUUACGAAAAUUCACUGAGUGAGUGCAAUUUAAUAUAUGCAUCAGAUACUUCUUCGUCCGCCAACACAAUUUACAUGGACGCCACCUUUGGGUUUGGCGAGUUCCAGGACUUGAUUCCAACUGUUGACUGUCCAGAACAUGGCACGAUUCUCGACGCUACUUGGUGGGAUGUUAGCCAACAAAAACCGGUAUCGGCCAGCAGUAUCUGCAUAUACGAAUCAGACGGAGAGGAACCACUGUGGAGAAGAAAGGACAGGUUCGUUGGUGGACUGCGCAACACGUUUCUGGUCGUACGUUACCCAAUGGCCGUUGGCAACUACGAUUACAUCAUCGACUACAAAUUCUACCUGGAUGGCAAGAUGGAGACGACUGUCACGGCUAGUGGGUACAUUCAGGCGAGCUUCUGGGAUCCAGAGAACCCGCACACCGGAACAGACAAAAUGUCCGACAUGUUUGGAUUCAGAAUCGGAGACUACAGCCACGGGUCCCUUCACGAUCACACUUUCGGGUUCAAGGUCGACCUGGACGUCGGCGGGACGCAGAACACCUUCGAAAAAGUCCACUGGAAAGCUGGCGACGUGCUGAAGGCCUUUCAGACACAGACCCCGGACAUGAAGGAGAAACCUGUCUACUUCCUGUACAACAAAACCAGGUAUCUGGAGUACGAGCUGAUCGCGACGGAGCAAGGGAUGAACGUCGACAUGGCGAGACCGGAGUUCUGGACCGUCGGGAACAACAACAACAAGAACAAGUGGGGCGUGAGGCGGGCGUACCACAUCAUCCACAACACUAUUGGCUCCCAGACGCUGCCCCACGACCAUAUCGCCAUGAAGGCCGUCGCCUACACCAAGUAUCACUGCCUGGUGACGAAACACAAGGACGACGAACGGUCGGUGAGCGGGGCCUACGACCAGAACCGACUGCUCGACCCCAUCGGCUCCAUCGACCGCUACGUCGACGGCGAGAACAUCACCGACGAGGACAUCGUCACGUGGCUCAGCUUCGGCUUCCUGCACGUGCCGACGAGCGAGGAUUUCCCCAUGACGAUCAGGAACACGGCGGGAUUCGUGCUCAAACCGUUCAACUACUUCGAUUCGUCGAUGGUCUUUGACGUGCCCAACUACAUCGACACCAAGAGCAACAUCAUCACAGAGCGCGUGCCUAAUCACGGAACAUGCGCAGAGCCCAGCGUCAAAAUGUGUUACUUCUGCUAGAUGUAGUGGGCGGACAUUGUGACGAAAGAUUGCUGUUCUUGUUCCUGAUGUUAAACAACUUUCUGAAGACCGCAGACUGAAAUAAUACAAAACAUUUGCUUAUUGACAUUUCUGUUAAAGUAACAAAUCCUAGUUUUUAAACACUAAGGUUUUCUGAGACCACAUACUGAAAUAAUAUAGAACCUUUGCUUAUUGACAUUUCUGUUGAAAGUAACAGACCCUAAUUUUUAAACUUUAAGGCUUUCUGAAUACCGCAGACUGAAAUAAUAUAUAUAGAACAUUUGCUUCUUGACAUUUCUGUUAAAGGGACAGAACCUAAUUGGGUUUUUUAAAACUCUAAGGCAUAUUUUUCAUUAUUAGAGCUGUUUAUGAUUACUCAAAUCAAUCAUUACUUAUAUUUCACUGUUUAGAUUAUCCAUUUCCAUACAACCAAAGUGUUUCUGUUCGUCGCGAUGUAUCUAAUACUAUGAAAUGUUUAGUUUUUUUUCAUAUUUAAAAAAAACCCGCAUGUGCAUUUGAGAAGUAACGGUUAUGGAGUCGAGUUCUAGUCUAGUUUUAAGGAUAUUUUCCCUGUUUCACAGAUUCUUGUUUCACUCAGUUGUAACUUUAUCCAACUAUGUGUUACAGGUUUGUAGAUUAACUAAACUUAGUGUCCAUUGUUUACGGGUUGAAACUAGGGUCUGCGACUUUAAAGACUUUUGGAGAUAGCAGACUGGUUUUUGAAUUACUUUUGCUAAUUCUGCUAACAAAAAAAAAAACACAAAGAAAAGCGCAGAAAAAAAGAGAGGAGAGACCAAACAUAAAGAGCAAAAGAAAAUAAUAAUAAAAAAUAAAAUAAAAAAAAAUAAGAGAAGAAAGCAAAGCAAAAAAAGCAAAAAGCAAAAAAAAAAAAAGCAACAACAUAACAUUAAUAAACAAUAUACCGGCAUAAAGCCGGACAAAUGGUCAGCGCAGGUGUGACGUCAGUUACUAAACGACCAAAACAGGCCAUCCUUCAUGGUUUGUGUUCAGAUAGAAUCACAUUAUAAACAGUAAUCGUAGCAGUAUACUAUGUAUCAAAUAGGGCCAAUGUACGUUUGAAAUACAAUGCAUAUAUAGUUAACUAAUAUACUGAACAUGAAAACAAAAUAGAGAAUAUAAUAUUUAUCAUCCCA